UCCUCUGCACACCUCUACCUGGGGAGCAACUCUCUGCCGGGGCUUUCUUGACACAUUUGCAGCUCACCUAGCAGAAUUAGCCCUUUCUUCCCUCCAGCAAAGAUGAAGGAUCUGAAGGACACCGAGAUGAACCAAGCCCGACCUCGCUAUGUUGUCGACCGGGCUGCGUAUUCUGUCAACUUCUUCGAUGAAGAGUUUGAGAAGAAAAAGAGAAGUUAUCCACUUGGGGAAAAAGUCAAGAACCUUUUCAGAUGUUCAUCAUCCAGGUUCAAAGUCAUCAUCUACAGUCUGUUUCCAAUACUCGUUUGGCUCCCUAAAUAUAAAAUUAAAGACUACCUUGUGCCCGAUGUCCUUGGGGGAAUCAGUGCGGGGACCAUUCAAGUGCCACAAGGGAUGGCCUUUGCACUGCUUGCCAAUCUGCCUCCCAUCAAUGGACUCUACUCCUCCUUCUUCCCUUUGAUACCCUACUUCAUCCUAGGUGGCGUCCACCAGAUGGUCCCAGGCACCUUUGCUGUCAUCAGCAUUAUCGUUGGGAGCGUCUGCCAUGAUCUGGCUCCUGAGUCCGAUUUCGAAUACUUUAACCAUACCACCAAUGAGAUAAACAUCAACAACACAGCCAUGGAGGCAGCCAGACUGGAGAUUUCCGCCACAUUAGCUUGUCUGACAGCCAUCAUACAAAUCUGUCUGGGAUUCGUGCAGUUUGGCUUCGUUGCCAUCUACCUCUCGGAAUCCUUCAUCCGGGGCUUCAUGACUGCAGCAGGGCUCCAGAUCCUCAUCUCGGUGCUCAAAUAUGUCUUUGGCUUGACGAUCACAGCCUACACUGGGCCCUUGGCCAUCGUUUAUACAUUUAUUGAUAUUUGCAAAAAUCUCCCCAAGACCAACGUGGCCUCCUUGAUCUUCGCCCUGAUCAGCACUGUGCUCCUGAUUAUUGUGAAAGAGCUCAAUAUGAAAUACAUGAAGAAGAUCCGGGUGCCCAUCCCCAUGGAGAUCGUCAUAGUCAUAGUAGCUACUGCGGUGUCCGGCUGCUUGAACAUGCCUGAGAAAUACAACAUGCCAAUCGUUGGGAAGAUUAAGAUGGGCUUCCCAGCCCCCACACUCCCACUGGUGAGCAAGUGGAAAGAUAUGAUUGGCACAGCUUUCUCACUUGCCAUUGUGGGCUAUGUGAUCAACCUGGCCAUGGGACGGACCCUGGGAACCAAACAUGGCUAUGACGUAGACCCCAACCAGGAAAUACUUGCCCUGGGCUGCAGUAACUUCUUUGGAUCCUUUUUCAAAAUCCAUGUGAUCUGUUGUGCUCUGUCUGUAACCCUAGCUGUGGACGGGGCUGGAGGAAAAUCUCAGAUGGCAAGUUUCUUUGUAGCACUGGUGGUUAUGAUAACCAUGCUGGCUUUGGGAAUCUACCUCGACCCCCUUCCAAAGGCUGUGCUGGGAGCCCUGAUAGCAGUCAACCUGAAAAACUCCCUCAAGCAGCUGGCUGACCCCUUCUAUCUGUGGAAGAAAAGCAAGCUGGACUGUUUGGUCUGGGUGGUGAGUUUCCUGUCGGCUUUCUUCUUGAGCCUGCCAUUCGGACUCGCUGUCGGCGUGGGAUUUUCUGUGCUGGUGGUGGUUUUCCACACUCAGUUCCGUAACGGCUCUGCCCUGGGUCAGGUAACUUCCACCGACAUUUACAAGAACCCCAAAACCUACAAUAAGGUCCAUGAACUUGAUGGGAUUAAAAUUGUGACCUACUGCUCCCCACUGUACUUUGCCAACUCAGAGAUAUUCAGGGAGAAGGUUAUAGCGAAGACUGGGGUAGACCCCGGCAAAGUGUACUUAGCCAGAAAAAAAUAUGUGAAACACCAGGAGAAGAAGGCGGCAUCACAAAAAACAACGAAGCUGCAAAAAUUGUUCUUCAGGAACAAGAAGACCUUGUCAGUGCAAGAGCUCCAGAAAGAUUUUGAAAGCACCUCUCCGACGGACACCAACAAUAACCAAACGACUGCCAAUGGCACCAUCAUCUCCUACAUCCCAUUCCACCCCCCCACAAACAAUGCCGGGCAGGUCAAUACCUCAAGUGAGCUGGGCAGCAUCUCGAGCCACCGAGGCAGCACUUGCAGUGUCAGCCCAGUUGCAAACAUCGACCCGAUGAUCACAGCACCGCCCUACGUCAGCUUCCACACUGUUAUCUUGGACAUGAGUGGAGUGUGCUUUGUGGAUCUGAUGGGCACAAAAGCUCUGGGGAAGCUGUGUUCCAGCUAUCAGAAGAUUGGGAUUAAAGUCUUCCUGGCAAACGUGCAUGCCCAGGUGUACCAUGACAUUAGCACAGGCGGAGUCUUCGAAGAAGAGGGCCUGGACCCAAGUCACAUCUUCUUGACCAUCCACGAUGCUGUUCUGUUUGCGCUGGCAAAUGCCAAAGGAGUCUUCCGUCCUCCUGGUUUAGAAGAGAGACCAAGUCAGACAGAGCUCUCCAUCUAUGAUGAAUCUGUGGAUGAAAGCAGUGCAGAAUUCAAGAACUUGGAGGAGGAGAUGUUUGGAACCAUGUUCCGUUCGGAGGCCCAGACAGCGCUGUAAGUGCCUGGGGGAAUGUUAAAGUGCUGGCAAAGCCUCCAGAACUGACUAUUCUCACGUAUUCCUUUAUGAAGAAGUUUCCCCUGUCUGAGUGGUGCGCAGAACAGCCUUUCUGUGCUUCCAGCCCGGGGUAGCAGCGAGGCUGGGAGGCGAGGGACCGUCACACCUCUCCUCCUGACAUCCUCUCUCCUCCUUCCCUCUGUGUGUGGAAUUCAGAGCAAUGGACUCUUGGAGCAGGUAGCAGAACACAACAGAAGCAGGAACUCAGGAAAUAACAUUCAUCUACAUGUAGAAGAGCAGCAACUUAAUUUAAUGGCAAGUGCCUCCAGGCAGAAGGAUUAUUAAUAUCCGUCAUCGCUGUCAACCCUAUCUCUGUCCCUCCUCCUCCAGAACCACUCACAUACCCAGCCAUAAGGGUUGCAUAACACAGGCAUCACCUUUGUUUUCCUUCCUUUUUCCAAGGAGGUGACAUAUAAGGAAAUUUACAAGCCUUUCCUGGCUUUGAUUCAUAACCACAAGUAACCCUCUCAAGAUGCAGUGACGCAGGUUUGCGAAGUGAUAAUAUUUUAAAAUGUGCACUGACUUUUUGGGAAUCUGCACGCUGAAUUUAAGCCUGUGAAUUUCUUGGGGUUGCUGCCCAAAGCCACCUCUGUAUUCUCUAUUACCCUACAGGCCCUCCUGCGCUGUCCUGUCUAUUACCAGGUACCAUUUACUGAGCCAGUGCUGUGUUUUCUAUUACCCUAAAAUCCUUGGUACCACUGCAUGGGAGUAAUGCUGCAUUCUAUAUUACAUGCUCAGGCUAUUUUUGGAUAUUAGCCACCCUCAGCUCACAUGACCAAGAGCUCCUGCCAGCUCUAGUGGGAGUUAUAUUCACACACUGGCCUUCCCAACAGUUUGGGUAGUUAAAAUAAAGCUUAUUCAAAGCACCGGCAGAAUUAGGGCCUGAUUCAAAGCCUACUGAAGUCAAGGAGAAUCUUGCCUUUUACUUUAACAGGCUUUAGGUCAGGCCUUUAAUCUGGCAAUAUCAUGACAGCAGGUAUUCCUGUGGUAUUUUGAUGCUUCCUCUUCCUAUUCUCAGUAUCUGGACAUUGCUAAAAAUUCAGUUUAGAUUCAGCUCUAGAAAUAGGUAAGUGUUUCAGGGUGAGCAGGUUUUCUUAACCAGUGGGCCCAUCCCUAGCAAAUUCAGGGACAGGGAGAGAGAGACCCUUCAGCUCAGUGCAUACAUCCAAUGGUUCUUGAUGAUGCUAAAACUCAGGAGCAGUAUAAUUAAAGAUUGAGCAUAUUUUGGGUAUGCCAGGAGUCAACAGCUCUUGUGAUACCCAGCACUAACCUCUCCAAGCUUGGGGCUUCAAGCUGAAGAGAUUUUAGGUAAUCACCUAAGUGACAAGAGAAAGCUCAUCUGCUGGGAUUGCUACGGUGUCUGGUCCCUCAUGCGCUAUGUGAAUUUGAAUAAAAAUCACCACAAACUGAUGCUACCAGGACAAUCUACCUCUCGGGCAAACAAGCCUGACUCGAUAACCCAUAGACAGAUGAUAUCUUUUAAUUUUUUUAAAAAAAAACCCUAAUACUUUUAUAUAUAAAAGUGUGAGUGAUGCUAAUAACUAUUGCUAUUUUAGUUUUCUGUUAUAGUUCCUUCCUUUCAUCCCCAUAUUGAUUCUCUGAAGCCUAUGACGAGAGGAAAUGCAUUUAAAGUAUAUGUAAACGCUGAAAAAUACAAUAUGUUGAGGAUUAAAGGGACACUUAUUCGUAAAUUUAGGCCCCAAAUUCAGGUUUUGUGAAAAGCAAUUUUGCAAAAAUUAAGAUGAGCAGAAUUUUUUCUAUGAUAUUUUUAAAGUUCUGAUGAAAGCAGUUUUUUGUCUGGAUUUUAAACCUUCCGCUGUGGUGUUUCCAGCCUUGGGAUAAAGCAUAAGGGCCAGAAAAUGAAACUGCUUAGAAGCAAAUGUGAAACUGACUCAUCUGUUUUUCAGGAAUAAAAAAUAUAAUGGCCUUAAUAAUGCAAAGGAAAUUUGCUUUUAAAAAAUUAUUUCUGUUCUAAUAACCUAAAAUGUCAAUAAUGCUUUUGUGUUUUACUAUAUGGUUUUAAAUCUGUUUAAUUCAUAAAACACUCUUAAACCACCCUGAUAAAAGGGUCUUUGAGAUAACAUUAUCGGGGAAAGAAAAUGCAGCUGUACUGUGGCUCCCAGAUAAAUGAUGCCCCACUUGCAAUGAAAAUAGAGCUGCAUGACUCAUCCAGGCUAGACAAACAUUCCAUGUUAUAACAUCAGAGCUGCCUGGGUUUUGUGUGGCACCUCAUUAAUUAAGUCACCACUGCUCAAUCUCAGUCUCUGAUUACAUGGUGCAGGAGAAAAUUAUUAAACAAAUAGAAGUACAGUUUUCUUUAGUUGGGAGAACACUAAAAAAAGGUUACUUCUCACUCUGACCUUAGAGAGACAAUCACAAUUUUGCUGGGACUGUCAUGUCCUACAAGCUAAGAUCAGAAUAAACAAAAAGCUUGGUGCAAUGGAACAAAGGGCUUUUUCAUUAUAAUAAAAGCUCUGUGGUGACCUCACUUUAAAUUAGUGAUAUUCCUAAUUGCAAUUCAGGAAUCAGAGUGUGUCUGCUAAAGGUUCAGUUCACAGUCCCACAGGCCUGACAGCCAAAGUAUCAGUUCAAAUACAGGAAACCUCAGAGCGACAGAUCCCUGUGCAAAGUAUGUAUUGUUUCCUUUGCAGUUCCCAGCAGCAUGAUGGAUGGGAUGUCAAGAAUGAUGCCAUGAAAGUAGUGGCAAUAAUUACAUACUCUGCCACCUUGAAGUCUCAGGUAGAGGGAUACUUGGUUUCUGUAGCCCAGUGCCAAUUCUGGUGACAAAUGCAGCCCUCAGCAGCUGACAGAUGGUAUUUUUGAAGGCAUAACUCCUGUCACCAUUUUGCUACUGAGUAGCACAAAUGUUUUAGAUGCAGAACCCUGAUAAGUCUAUGGGUCCCAGAACAUUAGUUUCAAAGGCGACAUUCACCAAUCUGAACAAAACAGAAUGACAAGUUAGCAUGACUUGCAUUUCUCUUUCAAAGGUUCUAUGUGGCCAGCUCAGAAAGCUUCAUUUCCAGGGUAUCUUGACCAGGGAACUAGAGAAACUCAGAAAGAGAGUCCAUUGGGGGUGGUAAAUUCUAAACUUCCAAUGACCUUUUAUGUCUCUGAAAGUCUAGUGAUAUUAAUAUGUAAUUACUUUGAAGCCUUAUUUGAUACUUGCAUGAUGCAUAACAAGCUCAAAAUGUUUGUGUAAUUUAUUUAAUUUAAUAUUGGUUUGGUUCUUCUUUUUUUGAUAAUAAACAAUAUGUGACAGAU